UACACAGGAUCCAGCAAAGCCAGAAUGAGAAAUCCUGCUAGCUUCAGCUGCAGCCACACCUCAGUUGGCAAAAACUUCACAUAGGCUCACCGUUUCCACGGUUACGCUCUCACGUCUCACUUAUCUGAAUCCGCCAAAAAUCCCCCAAGAGCUCUCUACAGAACCUCCCAACCUACCCCGCCCUCUCUUUAUAGGCGGCUCGCCGAUGAUAUCAUAUCCACUUCCGUUUCUGAAAGGGCCUCUCUUCGUUCUCUACGGUCGCUCUAGGCUGACGCUUCCACGGCUGGCUCUGAAGCUCAAUGGUUGCUGGGCGGGGCUGUGACGUCCUUGGCGUGGCUGCAGGGGAGGCCGCGGCGGGGAAAAUGGCGGACGGGAAGGCGGGAGAGGAGAAGCCUGAGAAACCGCAGCGAGCUGGAGCCGCCGGAGGACCUGAAGAAGAAGCAGAAAAACCUGUGAAAACUAAGACUGUUUCUUCCAGUAAUGGAGGGGAAAAUUCCAGUCGCAGCGCUGAGAAGCGAUCAGCCGAAGAUGAAACUGCAGACCUCCCAACAAAGCCCACAAAGAUCUCCAAGUUUGGAUUUGCCAUAGGCGGUCAGACGGCAAAGAAAGCCUCGGCCAUAUCCAUCAGACUCGGCUCGAGUAAGCCUAAAGAACCGGUUCCAACUCUUGCUCCAAAAACCCUUUCAGUAGCAGCAGCUUUUAAUGAAGAUGAAGAUAGUGAACCAGAGGAAAUGCCUCCAGAAGCAAAGAUGAGGAUGAAGAAUAUUGGAAGGGAUACACCAACAUCAGCAGGACCAAAUUCCUUCAAUAAAGGAAAGCAUGGGUUUUCUGAUAACCAGAAGCUAUGGGAGCGAAAUAUAAAAUCUCAUCUUGGAAAUGUCCAUGACCAAGACAAUUAAAUGAUGUGUUUUGAAACUGGGGUGUGGGGUGGGUGUAAAGUUAAAAGGAACAGUUUCCUUUUUUAAGGAAUGGUAUAAGACUAUCUUUGGAGCCGCCUUUUUUUUCUUUUUCUUUUUUUAAAUAUUGAGUGGUACACUAAUAAAUGAGAAUUUGAAAUUAGAAGUAAUUUAUGUUUUAUAUACAGAUUUCGAGACAUUUACUAAUUUUGUAGUUUCAUGUGAUUAGUUUCCAAAGGUUACAGAUACUAAAAAAAUCAGAAAUGGUACCUUUCUAAGAAUUGCAUAUUUUUUUAGACACAACUAUUAGCACAUUAGGAGGGAAGCAAAAAGUUGUCUAUUUAAACUGUAGGCCGUUACUCUCUAACUUAACUCCCUUAUUAACCUAAACUUGUCUGGCUCCCAGGAACAGCCUUAUAGAGAAGGGAGUAUUGUAUUGGGAGGAAAAUGUUACUGGACUAUUGACUGAGAAAGUAAAUUAGAUAAAAUACAGGUUUUUUUUUCCCUAAUGGGCGUUUGUUUAGUUUCAAAUCAUCAUUGACUAGUUAUUGCAUUGCUAUCAGUGGAUACAGAUGCUUAGCUCUUUAGAAAGAACAUUUUAAAAUUUUACAUAAACUGUUGAGUAUUUAAAAUAGCCCACUUCACUUCAAAGGGCUUUGUCUGCUUUCAUUAGUCUUCAAAGAACCACCAUUUGCUACCAAAGUAAAUCAGUAUUUUGAAUGUGCUUCUCUUGAUUUUUGUUAUUAGCUAGUUCCUGUAAGCAUUUCCACCAGAUCUUGAGGCAAAUCAUAAGGAAGCUGUUUCUUUUAAAAUAACAAACCACCACCAAAAAUUUAAAUGUACAUAAUAGUUAAAUGUUUGGCUGUUCUUAUUUUUUAAAGGGUAUAAACACCAAAAAAAAGGGGGGGGGAGCAACAAUGUAUGAAGAUGGAAGAUAAGAAAGAUGCACUUUCUGUAACUUUAUCAAAGCAUUUAUGUUACUAACUUGUGAAAUCCAAUUUGAUUUGAACUUAUUAACAGGAAUUCUUAUUUAGCACAAAAAUAUGGUUUACUUUAACUGUAUACUUGCUAACCAGUGGCCUCUCAAAAGCACAUUUUAGAUACUGAAAAUGAAAGAAAAUGCAUCUUUAAACAUAUUUUAUGGAAUCUUCGACCACAUAUACUUUGUUAAUCUAUGUGUUGUAGGAUUGUGUUUAUUUUGUAUUUUUGUAUUGUAUAUGAAUUCUUUUUUAAUGUGACAGUUAAACACAUCUUUUAAAGCUUAGACACACAUAGAAGAAACAUACAGUAUAAUGAUUUUCCUUGAAAACUACAAUUUAGAUUUUGGAGGCAGCUUCAGACUGAUUGGUGGUAACUACUUGCCCUGAGCUCUUUUAAUAAGUAAUAACUCCAGAGAAGCAGCCUGUAUAUAUUCCUAAUACUUUGUUCACUUGCAUUUGAGUUUAGAAGCCCCAAGUAAAACAAUGGAAAUGUAUAUAGAACUGUUAGUUCUUACUUACAUGAUUUAAUUAUAUCAAGAUACAUGAAUUUAACUUGCUUUAAUGUAGGCAAACUUUCCAUUUUUGUUCAUUUUGAUGUUUAUGUUGAAAUAACACCCCUCUCCUACAUUUCAUUUUCUUGACUCAAAUAUCAACCUACGGUCAAGAUGGGAGAGAGAAACAACUAAGAUGAAUGUCUUUACUAAAAUACCAAUAAAUUUGUCAAACUCUA